AUGCAGCGAAGCGUGAUGGCGACCGCCGACGGUCGCUCGAGUACCCAACAACUUAGGCUCUUGUGCCUCGAUGGAGGCGGCGUCCGUGGCCUGUCUUCUCUGAUGGUACUGAAGAUGCUCAUGGAAAUGAUCGAUCCUGAUAACCCUCCGAAGCCAUGUGAUUACUUUGACAUGAUAGGCGGAACAAGCACCGGCGGUCUGAUUGCGAUCAUGCUCGGAAGACUUCAAAUGAGUGUUCAAGAGUGUAUCGACGAAUACACGACACUUUUCUCGUCAAUAUUCACCAAGAAGAAACAUAGAGUUGGCUGGGGAGGUAAAUUACAGGGCCGCUUCGACCACGAAGCUCUAGAAGCCGGCAUCAAACGAAUCGUUGGUGAGAAGCUGAACGACGAGAACGCCCUAUUUAAGGACAACUCGAGUAACGGGGGCUGUAAAACCUUCGUGUGCGCCACCAGCGCAACGACAUCCGAGACCGUCAUCAUGUCAAGUUACUACUCGAUGCGACGACUCAAUGACAUUCGCAAUGUCGCACGCAUCUGGGAAGUUGGUCGAGCAACGUCGGCUGCCACGAGCUUCUUCGAUUCGAUUCAAAUCAAGGGCUCCACAUAUCUCGACGGUGGCACAGGUGCAAACAACCCCAUCAACAAAUUGUGGGCGGAAGCAGAUGAUGCAUUCCGUCAGGGACCUGACUGGAGAUUAGAGGAUAACCUUCUCUGUAUGGUCUCUAUUGGCACAGGCCAGCCGCUUCUCAAGAAAUUCGGAGACUCGAUUUUGGGAACUGAUAUACUCGAUGCUUUGGUCGACAUCACGACUAAUACGGAAACAACUGCCAACGAUUUCCAACAAGCGCAUGCGCAGAUUUUCGAGCAAGGUAUUGCGUACAGAUUCAAUGUCGAGCAAGGAUUGGAGAACGUCGCACUGGAAGACGCAACAAGUGCUGGCAAGAUAGAAGAAGUCACCCGCAGAUACCUUUCUAUCGAAAAGUCCAAUGCGCCUCUGCGAAGGUGUGUCUCAAGGCUAAAGGCCUCAGAAGGUAUGUCCAUCUGUAUUUGA